AGGCGUCUACUUCCGCCCCCAGCCGGAAGUGUUCUGCGACUUGCGGUAAAUGGGCUUCCGGAGCUCUGAGGGCUAUCUCCUGUUCGCAAUGGCGGCGUCCUUUGCCGGGAAGAAAAUCGUGUUUGUAACAGGGAAUGCCAAGAAGCUGGAGGAGGUGCGGGGAGCGUGCGUGGGGCCGAGCGGAAGGCGCUUGGGAAUAGGGGUCGUUCAGAUUCUAGGAGAUAAGUUUCCAUGCACUUUGGUGGCACAGAAGAUUGACUUGCCAGAGUACCAGGGCGAGCCAGAUGAAAUUUCCAUUCAGAAGUGUCGGGAGGCUGCGCGCCAGGUGCAGGGACCCGUCCUGGUAGAAGAUACCUGUUUGUGCUUCAGUGCCCUUGGUGGGCUUCCUGGCCCCUACAUAAAAUGGUUUCUGGAGAAGUUAAAGCCUGAAGGUUUGCACCAACUCCUGGCUGGCUUCGAGGACAAAUCGGCUUAUGCACUCUGCACGUUCGCGCUCAGCACAGGGGACCCAAGCGAGCCUGUGAGCCUGUUCAGGGGCCGGACCUCGGGCCAGAUUGUAGCUCCCCGAGGCUGCCGGGACUUUGGCUGGGACCCCUGCUUUCAGCCUGAUGGAUACGAGCAGACGUACAACGCAGGACGAACCCCGCUCCUGGCCGCGACCGCGCCCGGGGCUGCCCUCCAGAUAUCCCGGGGACUUCUCUGGUAGAGCCGGACAUGGUCACAGCCCCUGGGCCCAGGGGGUCCCCCGCAGUGCUGCGUGCUGGAUGCCCCGCGGAGCCUAGGAGGAGGCUUCCCGGGUUGCCGUGGGCCGAGCUCUGAAGAGCUCUGCGGGCGCGGAGGCCCCGGGGCACCACUCUGCCUGCUGCCCGACCCCUCCACCCGCCGCAUCUUUGCUCAGACGCUGAAGGGUUCCAGACGGAGAGUGCAGAGGCCUCAGUCAUGCGCCUUGACUCUGGCUCCCUCUCGACUGGACCCACAGCCAGGAUCGCGCCCCAGGCAGGGGGCCCCACAGUCCUCCUGCCCAUGGGCGCUGUCCGGUGCCCCGACGGCUCCGCGACCCCGCCUAGAUGCCUUGACUUCCCCGCCGCGCCCCGCCUCGCCAUCGGGCUCCAGCACCCACCGCACGGCUGGAGAUGGAACACGCGCCUGCUGGCCGCGGCCAUGGCUCGGGAGUUUGGCCGGACUGCUGCGCUCACCACCGGGUCCUAGUCCUCGGGCGCCGCGGGACCUCAAAUGGGCGGGAGCCGGCGACACACCCCCCGCACCUCGCCUGGGUCCUAGAGCCGCUCGGAAGCCCCGCCCUUGAGAAGGGGAGGAAGGGUCGCCAAGGGCGGGUUAGCAGUCCGCCCCCCUCGCACCCUCGCCCCGUAAAUAGACGACUGCUCUUGCGAGCCCGCGGCGGCUUGGCCAAGCCGCGUAGACCCAGCUCCUUUCGGACAACGCAAGCGCACCCGCUCAGGCCACGCGGGGCGAAGGCCUGGGCGGGGCUGGGAAGUUUUUGUGUAGAAGCCCGACGACCAUGCAGUCCCCGCCAGAAUGCGACUGCGGUGGGUCGAGGGCUUCUCCGGUGUCCGCUUUAACUGUGUCGCCGGCCCCCACCCCCCUCUCCUGGGGGCCUGCAGCUCCGCCUUCUGCAUUCAUCGCUUGGGCUCGGCCCUUAAUUGGCCUCCUCCUCCUCCAGGAAGCGCGCCCGGACUAACUGGACGGGCCGGCGCGCCUUCCCCGGGUUCGGCCCCGGCCCAGCUCCGCGGCUUCAGGUUUGCUCCCCUCUCAACUCUCGGCUUCUCUCCUUCCCAAAAUGCCCCCGCCGCCUUCUGUUUUCCUGGCCGGGCGGGAGCUGGCUCUCGUGCGAGGAGUGGUGUGGGUGUGUGGUGGUGCAAGUCUGUGCUCGCGUGUACGCGUGUGCGGGAAGGCAGUGGUGCGCAAGGCAGGCGGAUGCGCGCUGCUCUGCGGCCUGCGCCUUAUCCCCCAGCCCGCGCCACUGUGUGCCUGCGGCAAGACCUUCGGCGGUUCCCCUUACCCUGCUGGGACAGAGGCUUCCGCCACAGUCCUCCAGCCAGGAAAGGGCGCGGUGUAAGCAGAGGCCCACCCACCUCUGCGCAACAGCUGCAGCCGUGGUCCCGUGGCCCUGGGGGAGACUCUUCGGGUCUUCUACAAGCCCCUCUGCCACGCCUUUGGGACCAGAACUCUGUUAGCCAGAGCUCUCGCCAGCCACAGACUUCCGGCCUCCGGCAGCGGCUAGGUGGACGUUGGGGGCUGACCUUGCAUAGGGAAUCGGACUGGAUGGGCCUUGGCUUUCACCUCCGGCCUCCGACGUCUGGGAAUGGCUUGGUUUCGACAUCUCUGUCCCAGCAGCUCCCAAACACCUGCUCCUUCCCAUUCAGGUUCAUCCCCCUUACCGUAGCCUCCUCCUCCCCCGUCAUAGGACCUUAGUCCUCCCUAGGGUGCCUGUGUCCCCCUGCCUUUCUAUCUACCUCUCAAAGGAACUCACACUGAGCCCUUCUGGCUUUAGUGUCCUGUGCUGUGGCCCUGGUCUCAGAGGCGGUUUCCUGUCCCACAGAUAUCAGGAGCUGAGGCAGAGACAGGUGCCUGGGUCUCCCGACCAGUGCUGCAUGGCUACUGGAAGAAGCAGGUACUUGGAACCCUCUCAUUCCCUCCCCUGGGGCCUCUGACUUCAUUGGCCUGUGAACAAAAAAGUCAAGCACUUGGAUCCCACAAGGCACCUCUGUCCAAAGCACUUCCAGCUCAGUUUAUCUUGUAUGCAACUUAGUUUGCCUACAAUUAGAAACUGGGGUGAGAACUGUAUAUAGAAAGAAUCUUACUAAAAACCAACACACUUCCUGGAACCUCCAGGUGCACUUCCCCCAGCCACACUUUUUGUUUUGUUUUGUUUUUUGAGGCCGGUCUUCCUUUGUAUUUCAGGCUGGCCCUGAACUCACUAUAUAGCCCAGACUGGCCUUGACCUCAAGUUGAUCCUCCUGCCUCAGCCUCCUGAGUGCUGGGAUUACAGGUUUACGACACCAUGCCCAGGGGCCGGGGAUUUAGCUCAGCGGUUCUGCCUCACAAGCACAAGGACCGGAGUUCAAUCCCCAGUACCAAAAAACAAUCAAACAAAGUAACUCCCUCUCUACUUCUCUUCAGAUUACUCAUACCUGGAGGAUCGCUGAGAGUUCAAGGCCAUCCUAGGCUACAUAGUGAAACCCUGUCUCAAAAAACCCCUCAAACAACAACAAUGACAAACACGCAAAAAUAAAUCACUCAAACCUGUCUUCCAGAAGUAGAAAGAGUAAAGGUAUGAAAGAAUGUUCAACAUCACUGGUCAUUUGAGAGAUGCAAA